AUUGAAAACUGCAUCGGAUAUGCAAGUGCUAUUUCUAGCCACGUGAAUAGCUCGCUUCCACUGAGGGCGAAGGAGAUGACGGAAAUGCAUCAUGGCUCCAACUCCCCCGGUCUUAGCCUUGCUGAUCCUGCAUCUCCCCCGCAGUUGGCUUGAAGCUCAACGGGACAAGAUCGGUGCUUCGGGAUUUUAGGCUAAAGCCACAAUUCUCCGAGUAGGGAUUUCCAUGGCGCCGGUGUCUCGGAAAAGCGCUGCACCGUUGCCCGCAAUCUUGUGAACGACUUUCGACCGCUGCUGGAAUGUCUUCCCUGGUGUGGACAUAGACUCCAGAACGAUGCAGGUUUUCCAUGAGCGCUGCGGGGUUAUCUGAGUUAAGGGCCUCGGAAAGUCAAUAUAACGUGAAAACCAGCUUGUAACUACUUGCAAAAGAGUCUGAUAGCUUACGAGCUUUCUCACAAUGAAGUCCCGACUUCUAGCUUUAGCAAUAGCCCUCUUCGGAGUUGGCCGAGCUGAGAACUCAACCUUUCAAAACCCCAUCAUUAGCGGCUUCAAUCCUGACCCCAGCUGCGUCUUUGUUCCAGAGUUGAACAAUACCUUCUUCUGUGCCACAUCCAGUUUUCUCGUUUUCCCUGGACUGCCCAUCCACGCAAGCCGAGACCUGGUGCACUGGAAACAUGUUUCCAACGCAUUCAGUCGAGCAGACCAGCUGCCAGGUCUAGCUUUUCUGCCAAAGGCAACCAGCGGCAUCUACGCACCCACGUUACGCUUCCGCGAGGGCUUGUUUUACCUGCUAUGCACUCUCGUGAAUCAGCAACUCCCAAGGACUAAUGAUAGUCGUUGGGACAACUUCAUCAUCACAUCGACGGACCCGUAUAGCUCGAAUUCCUGGUCAGACCCUGUUCACUUUAGCUUCCCCGGAUUUGAUCCAUCGCCGUUUUGGGACGAUGACGGCAAGACGUACGUCUCGGGUGCGCACACGGCAGCUUACUACCCAGGAAUAAUGCAUGCGCCGCUCAACCUGGAGACUGGCGAAAUAGGAGACAUCAUCAUGCCCUGGAACGGUACCGGUGGGCGGUCUCCCGAGGCACCUCACAUCUGGAAGCGAGAUGGGUGGUACUAUCUAGUCCUUGCUGAAGGCGGCACCCGUGAGAAUCACAUGGUCACAAUGGCUCGAUCGAAGAGCCUAGAGGGACCUUACGAUCCAGCACCGGCAAACCCACUGUUGACCUCUGCAAACGAUACUGACUCCUACUUCCAAGCUGUCGGGCACGCAGAUUUGUUCCAGGAUGCUGAUGGAAAUUGGUGGUCUGUCGCUCUAGCAAAGGACGAGUUCCCAGUGUUUACGCCGGUCACUGGCAACGUCUCUGGCUGGCUGCUACCCGCAAAAGCUAUACCAGAAGAGGGAGAAGGUCAACUCAGCGACGCAGACGAUGUUAUCUCCUUUCCGCCGGGAAGCAGUCUGCCUAUUCAAUUCAUCCAUUGGCGCCUACCAAAGGCUAGAAACUACGCGGUCUCGCCACCAGGUCACUGGAAUACACUGGCGUUGAAGUCUUCAGUACUUAAUCUCACAGCCUUCGACGCUGACUUUGCCUUGGGUCGUGGUCAAACUUUUGUCGGACGGCGGAUGGCUCAUUCACUCUUCAGAUUCCGUGUUGAUGUCGACUGGGCGAAGUCAUUGACGAAGGAAGAGAUGGAGGUCGGGGUCUCAAUUAUUCAAGAUCAAGCGCAACACUUCGAUCUUGGUAUCGUCAUGUUGAAGCCAGAGGGAAGUGAGGACCUUCGGCCGCAUCUUCGGUAUCGUGGUAUCUCGGAAACACCGUACAGGGCGAUUGAACAUCCGCCUAAUGAGAUUUACCCACUUCCGGAUGGCUGGGCUGGGGAGAAGAUUUCGCUCCAGAUUGAGGCUGUCAACAGCACUCAUUUUGCAUUUUCUGCCGGCCUUACGGGUCUCAGGAAAGACUCCAAUCUAAGAGUCUUUGGACAUUGCAAGGGUACCGAGUUGGUUCCUUACUACUCUGGUUCCGUGGUUGGCGUUUACGCAACAUCUAAUGGGAAGCAUGGAGAGCAGGCGUUUGAGACAUACAUCUCCAACUGGCGGUACAGCGGAACCCGACAGCUCAGAAGCCAGAAGGAUGUCGACGAUGCUGAUAACUCUAGUGCUUAG